AGGCUUGCAGACAGAGUGAGACCCAGAUAUGGUGUAGGAUAACAGAAACCAGUGGCAAGGAGGGAGUUGAAGGUAUUGAAAGUGUCAGACAGAGCAGUCACCGUGGAUUGUGGAAAGUGGAGGUGGAGGGCACCAUGCAGAAUGAGCAGGGCCCAUCAGCCUCUAGUGCUGGCAUUACAACUCCCAGUAUCACCACUGUGGCAGCCAGUAUUGUCACCACUACCAGCACGGGGAGUCCUACUGUUUCCCAAAUCUCAGUCUAUGGAGGGAUUCCUGACAGACAAACUGUCCAGGCGAUCCAGCAGGCCCUGCACAGGCAGCCCAGUACUGCAGCUCAGUACCUGCAGCAGAUGUACGCAGCCCAGCAGCAGCACCUCAUGCUGCAAACAGCAGCCCAGCAGCAACACCUGAGCAGUGCUCAGCUCCAGAGUCUAGCAGCAGUGCAGCAGGCAAGCAUGAUGGCCGGAAGACAGACCUCCAAUGAAAAUAAUCACACGACUCAACAGACAGGAAUCGCACAGACCACUAUCAACCUGGCCACACCUACAACAUCAGCCCAGCUAAUCAACAGAGCCCAGUGUGUUAGCUCCGCCCCCACGUGCAUCCCUCGGCAAGCAGUGCUCUUGGGUAAUGCCUCCAGCCAGGCCCUAACAGCAAGCCAGGCUCAGAUGUAUCUGCGGGCUCAGAUGCUCAUUUUCACCCCAAGUGCAGCUGUCACUGCUGUCCAGUCUGAGGCUUCAGCCCAGUCUUCCAACCGACCGUCUGCUUGUGCACAGGUCCAGAACCUUGCCAUCCAUAGCCAGCAGGGGACUCUCUCAACCUGCCCCUCCAUCCUCACCUCCACCUCCUCCUCCUGCGCUCAACUCCAGGGCCUGUGUCUAAAGCAAACCUCCACAGGGUCUCAGCUCUCCCUACCGGCUGCCCACUUCAGGAGCCCUGCCCAAGGGCAGGGACAAAGGGCGAGUCCCCAGGGUGUCUCCUCAGGCGGAGGGCAGAAAGCAGAGGGUCCACUGGAGCUGACACACCUGGUGAGCGUGAGCCGCAGUUUGACGGCUGUUAGUAGCCACCCCCUCAUCAGCCCAGCAUAUACCCAGAUCCAGACUCACCAACAACUUCAACAGCAUAAGCAACAGCAAUUUGUGAUCCAGCAGCAGCAACAGUCUCAUCCACCCCAGAGGAGCCAGGCCGCAGUGCUUCACACAGCCUCCCUCCACACGCAGGGCCAGACGGUGCAUGACCUGGCUAUCCAUCUCCAGGGUCAGACCCAUUCCAGACAAAGUCCAGUCCCUGUGCUCCCAAAAAUCCCUGUCCCGAGCCAGCAGACCACUAUCUUCCAUGCAACUUUGACCCCUAAGGUGCUAGCCCACAAUGGUUCAACCCAGAUCCAGAAUGGAUCAUCUUGCACCCAGAAUGACAGCAGACCCACCCCUUCCCAGAGCCAGGCUGGUCAGCCUAGUGCCAAACCUCUGCAGCAGGCUGCAGUCAAUCUUCAGAUCGAGCCACAAUAUCCAAUCCAGGACAGUGCCAAUAAAGUGAUGUCCAAACUUGAGCUGGCCAUGGACCACAGCUCAACCCCAUUUAACCAGCAGCUAACCAUGAAAUCUAGUCAGGAGGGCACCACUAGAGAACUUUGUCCAGAUACCCUGAGCAAACCAACCAUUCACACUGAAGAUAAGGGGGGCGUCGAGAGGCUGAAUGCGAAACCACCAGGUGCGUGCUCAGCCCCAGUCAUGACAUCGGGGAAUGGGAACAAUGCGCCCACGGUGACUGGCAGCACCCCACAGAAUGGCGAGAGCAAACCCCCCCAGGCCAUAGUCAAGCCUCAGAUCCUAACCCACGUUAUAGAAGGAUUCGUUAUCCAGGAAGGAGCCGAGCCUUUCCCUGUGGAACGUCCCUCGUUUCUGAUCGAGAACCUGAAGAAGCAGAAGCCGACCCACAUCAAUACCACAGACUCAGAGAUGGAGGACCUGUCUCAGCAAGAUCUGAAGCAGCAGCAGCAAGAAGAGCCCAUGCUGACCUGUGAGCUGUGUGGCAGAGUUGACUUUGCCUACAUCUUCAAGAGGUCCAAGAGGUUCUGCUCCACAGUGUGUGCCAAAAGGUACAACGUGGGGUGCACAAAGCGAGUGGGCCUGUUUCCCAAUCGAAAUACCACUAUGGAGAAACUAAAGAAACAGAGGGCUUCCAAUGGAAACAACCAGAAUACCAGCUUGGAGUCCAAAAAACAGACUACUGCUGCCAAGCAACCAGCUGGUGGCUCUUUGUCGUCUGUCCAUGCCGGUCAGGGGGAGUCCGGGCAUUUCUCAGACAUGUCAAGUUACGACGGUCCUCCUUCUCCACUGUCUGCUGCCAGCUCUGGUACCCUGCGGGUGCAGACGGGCAGAGGGCCUGAGCGCUUGGAGAGUUGUGGGAGACAGCUGCCCCUCCUCUCCCAACACUUCCUGCCCAGUGACCCUGGAAAGUGGAACGUAGAACAUGUGUAUGAGUUCAUCUGCUCUCUGCCAGGUUGCUUGGAGAUUGCUGAAGAGUUCCGUUCUCAGGAAAUCGAUGGCCAAGCCUUAUUGCUGCUGAAAGAGGACCACUUAAUGGGGACCAUGAACAUCAAAUUGGGACCAGCGCUCAAGAUCUUCGCUCAAAUCAGCAUGCUCAGAGACUCGUAGCCACCUCCUCUUUAGGCCAGCUCUGUCUUGGCAGAAAGAACAUGGUACUGGCCAGGAUACCAAAAACUGACCUCUGACAGCUAAACCCUAAAUAGGCUGGGCAGUUGUGUAAGACUAGCACACCACUGGUCCAUAGCACAUCAUGUGUGGCACAGUGAAGAUGAGUCAGUAGAAUGUCUUUGUUUCAAGUCGAUGGACAGCCUCUACUGUUUAAGUAACUUCAUUUUAUCACUGUGGAUGAAAACCAGGUAGCAUGAACAAGCUACACCCCAAAUGGACACAAAGGUGUGACAAGUCUUUUACCAAUAGUUAGGUCAGGUUUUUACCAAAUGUGAGCUUAAUAAAUAAAGGUGGUCACAUGUGAUUCUCCAUUUGCUCACCAUGAGGUAGGGCACAGAGUAUAGUGCAGCCACUGUCUGCCUUGCUGGCAUAGCAACGUACUUUUAACAGCUAAGCUAACUUAAGCAUUGGAUUUAGCUAAGUUCGUAAACCUGUAUGCCUAUUCACAAACUUGUAAUUCCCAUCGGACUGCUGACAUUUCACCAAGCAUUGCUCUUCCGGCCAAGAUCAUGAUCAGUUUUUAACGUUGUAUUAUACAGUUUGGGGAACUAUGAAA